AUGUUUGCCUCUCGUAGAGCAUUCGUCGUCGCCCGAAGGCAAAUCCCUCUUACAUACAAUCGGUCAAUCGUCCCCGCCUUCCGAUCCUACUCCGUCGACGCAGAUGUUGAUGUUACCCUGCAAAACCCUUCUGAGGAUGUCACAGAAGUGAACCAGGAAGAUGUCAUCACAAAACCAAAGUAUGCGCGCACCACCGCCGCCAGACCAGCCACUGCCACAAAGCCAUCUCCCGUGAGAGCUUCCACCGCCGCAAAGCCGACUGCUUCUCCUGCUGCUACCAGAACAGCCACGACGACGAGUUUUCCUCCCAAAUCCGCUAGCAAGCUUGCCAACUUUCACACGCCUGUUUCCCCAUCAAAGAGCACGUUGAGCGAGUCUAGCGAGACGGACGUCGAGAGCACACAUGAUAUCAACUGGGAGACGAGCUGGUUCGGUCUCGGAGUCAAGCCUGUCACUGUUGAGCAGAGCGAGGUUCUGUCGAGACCCAUUGACGUCGAGGAUGUCGAGGUUAAGCCCGAUGGUAUUGUUUAUCUGCCUGAAGUCAAGUACCGACGACGCUUGAAUGAGGCUUUUGGACCUAUGGGAUGGGGUAUGGUUCAUCGUGGGGAUGUUGUCGUGGGACAGAAUAUCGUCACGCGAGAGUAUGCCCUCAUCGUGAACGGCCGAAUCGUCUCUCAAUCUCAAGGUGUAAACAACUUUUUCAGCCCCGAGGGCGUCCCCGCCGCUAUCGAGGGUGCCAAGUCCAACGCUCUGAUGCGUUGCUGCAAGGAUCUCGGUAUCGCCUCUGAACUUUGGGACCCUGUAUUUAUUCGUUGGUUCCGAAAGAACUUUAUGGAGGAACGCUGGGUUGAGCACGCGACUACCAAGAAGAAGAGGACAUUCUGGUACAAGAAGGGUCUUGCUGAGGCAGUGUACCCUUACAAGCUUGUCUAA